AUGGAUAAGAAAAGAACUUUAAAAGAACUGCUAGAAGGGGCAGAAACAACCGUAAAUGAUGAAACAUCAGAUCAAGAAGGAGAAAUGAAAGAUGAGGAUAACAAUGAGCCAAUUAAUCCGGACUUGUGUAUAGAUUGUCAGAGAAUGCCAAAGGAAUUGCUUUGCGAGGAUUGCGGAGAGCCAUUUUGCAGGGUUUGCUUUCAGUUCGCACAUCGAGGGGGUAAACGGAAGAAACAUAAAGUAAAAGUGUUAGUAGCGGAAAAGAAGCCCGAGUUUGAGAAGCUAGAUGAAGAAGAAGCAAGGGAAGAAGAAGAGGCUGGCCAAAUGAAUGAAAAUCUUCCAGGUGAGGCAUCUGAGAAGUUAUAUUCCCAUAGUGGAUAUUUUGCACUAGGCUCAGAAUCAGGAAAUUCGGAUGUAUCCAAGCGGAUAUUGGCCGGAAUUAGAAGAUGCUCUCAUUUCAUUCCAAUGAGACUAAGUUACGAGGAACGGCAAGUAUUAAGACUACUUGAAGCAGCUUUGGAUGUUUCCGAAUACACAGAUAGAGUUGAUAUUAUUUCAUAUAAGUCAAAAGCACGAAGGAUUGUCGGGCAGUUGCGUGAAAUGUGCUCCGUUUUGGCAGGAUUAGUCGUUUCAUCAAAUAUGAAGCAGGGACAGCAGUUAAUCGAGGAUAAAAAUUUCUCCGACAAUGCCGAGUGGUACAAAACGGUGUUUGAGAUUGGAAGAAGGUAUAAGGUGAUGAAUCCUGAACGUAUGAGAGACACAUUUGGAAAAUUAUGCUACAUGGUGAUGGAUUCACGGUUGCCAGAGAUUCGAGAGACAAUGGAAUUCGAUUUAUACAAACCAAUGAAGACUGUUUAUGGCGUAUUAAAGAAAGGUGGCCCACAGACUCUUAAAAUUCUUUCUGAUCCGUUGAUUAUUGAUGCAACGGCAGAAGUUCGACCGGAAGGAAAAUCAAGGCGGAUGGUAAGUAGAAUGAUCAAGCAAAAAGAGGCAAGUAUUGAAAAACUUGCUUCAACGUAUACAUCUGCAAAUGGACUCGAUAAAGAACAGAUCCGGGUGGCUUUGUACUCAAUUGGUGACUUCAAUGCAUACACGAACAAGAAUCGGCUUCCUGUGUUGAGGAUGAUGAAGAGAUUAGAGCAAUUCAAAGAUGCUGGAAAUAGCCAGUUUUCGCUUGGAAUAAGGUACGGUCAUAAUGGUGCACGUUUGACACAUGGCCAUGAAAAGCAGUAUUUGUAUGUGAAGCAAGCACUUUCAUUAUGGUCUGCAGUUAUGCGAGAUCUUGUGGAGCUGUGGGCUUAUGCUGAUGAUGAUCUCUUUGAUGGAAAUAGAUAUCAUAUUGCAGAUACGGGGCAAGGAUUCAAUAGAAUUAAGUCAUGUCCCAAGGUGUACAAGAAGAUGUAUAGCAUUUUGGGAGAAGUUCAGCAUCAUUUCGAUUUUUGGGUUGGUAUUCCAGUGAUUCAUCUAGGAGAUGAUGCGGUCCCAAAUGCGUUAUUCUUUUUGGACAAGUACAUUCAAAUUCCUUCAAUUUUAAUUCCAAUUGACAGGACUGUCCAGGACAUAGAGACAUUAACUCGAAACAACAGUUACGUUAAAGACUAUGCAGAAGCUCAGUAUGGAAGCGUCGAAAAUUUGCAAAUGACUAUUUUGUGCGACUAUUUCAAACAUGGCUUUGAUGGCUCAGGUGCUGACAACUACUAUUUUGCGGGUUCGUGCGUUGAUGCAAGUUCAACUUCAAGUUGCGAAUUUUGCAACCAAAUUUCAAAGAAGGAUUACUACAACUUUUUCUUGUUAGCAGGCUUCACAAAUUUCAACGGUGAGGGAUAUUGA